AAAAUCUCACUUCCUUCCUUACUACCUGUCGUCGUCUCUGCAGUUUCCUUCCCUUCCUUCCACUCUGCUCCGCAACAACCUACUUCUGUAAUCUCAACUCCUCCUUCCACUUGGAAGUAAAGAAACAAAGCGAGAGGGAAAUGAUUCUCUCGGCUUUGCUUACUUCAGUUGGAAUCAAUCUCGGCCUCUGUUUCUUGUUCUUCACUCUCUACUCCGUGCUCCGGAAGCAGCCAUGGAACAGCGCCGUCUACGCUCCACGCCAGCUCGCUAAGCAAACACGAAGAUCUCAGAAUGGUGGCGGCGACGAAGAGGAGGAUGAUUUCUUCAACUUCGACAUGCUGUUGCCUUCCGCUGGCUGGGUGCGACGCGCCUGGCAGGUCUCCGAGGACGAAUUGCUCUGCCGCUCCGGCCUCGAUGCUGUUGUUUUCAUACGCAUUUUCGUCUUCAGCUCGAGAGUUUUCGCGAUCGGCGGAGCGAUUGGGAUUUUCGUUCUCCUUCCGGUAAACUACUUAGGGAAUCAAUUGAGUAUCGACUUCUAUGAUUUGCCGAACAAGAAUCUGGAAACUUUCAGUAUAUCGAAUGUUAAUGAUGGAUCAAACUGGUUAUGGGUUCACUUUUCGGCUGCCUACAUCUUUACUGGAGUUGUCUGCUACCUUCUUUAUUAUGAGUAUAACCACAUCUCCUUGAGAAGGAUUGCUUCUUUUCACUCCUCUCCACCUCAGCCUCGUCACUAUACGAUUGUAGUCCGUGGUAUACCAUCUUCAGGAGGAAGAAGCUUUAGUGAAACUGUCCAGGCGUUUUUUACUGAUAAUCAUCCUUCUACAUAUCUCUCGCACAUGGUGGUUCAUCGUACGAGCAAAAUUCGAAGUCUCAUUAAAGAUGCAGAGAAACUAUACAAAACGCUUGCCCGGGUGAAAUCACAGAGUUCGCAGCAAAUAAAUAAAAGAGAUAGGUUAUUGGGCUUCUUCCGGGGCAGGGAUACUGAUGUCAGCCAUUAUGAGCAAAAGUUGGAAGAUUUGGAGAGAAAUGUGAGAAUAGAACAGCAUUCUUUGACUGGGGAGUUGCCUAACACCAGCGUUGAAGUUCCAGCUGCUUUUGUGUCAUUCAAGUCACGAUUUGGUGCUGCAGUAGCUCUUCAUAUGCAACAAGGUGUCGAUCCCACAGAGUGGCUCACAGAGGAAGCUCCUGAGCCUCGUGACAUCCAUUGGUCGUCCUUUUCUUCUUCAUUCAUGAAAAGAUGGAUUAGCAGGAUAGUUGUCGUGGUUGCGUGUGUUGCCCUCACAAUUCUCUUCCUUAUUCCAGUUGUUUUAGUGCAAGGUCUGGCUAAUCUGGAGCAGCUGGAAACUUGGUUUCCUUUCCUGAAAGGCAUUCUAGAUCUGACCAUUGUCAGCCAAAUCGUUACUGGAUAUUUACCAAGUCUCAUUCUGCAGCUGUUCCUGUAUCUGGUGCCACCUGUUAUGUUAAUGUUGUCCUCUAUGGAGGGAUACCUUUCAUCUAGCAGCACGGAAAAAAGCGCAUGUACCAAGGUUUUGUGGUUUACAAUAUGGAACAUCUUUUUUGCAAAUGUACUAUCAGGUUCAGCUUUCCAUCAGGUGAAUAUCUUCCUUGAACCGAAGAAUAUUCCCAAAAUACUAGCUGAAGCUGUUCCAGGUCAGGCAACCUUCUUUAUCUCAUACGUCGUAACAUCUGGAUGGACGAAAUUAUCAUCUGAAAUCUCUCAGCUGACUUCUCUGCUCUGGAGUUAUGUGACUGGAGUGUUUUCCAGUAAUGACGAUGAGGAAAUUGAUGUCCCAAAGCUGCCCUACCACAGCGAAAUUCCAAGAAUCCUUUUCUUUGGACUCCUGGGCACAACAUACUUUUUCCUUGCACCAUUAAUCCUUCCAUUUCUCUUGAUAUACUUCUGCAUUGGAUACAUCACCUUCCGCAACCAGCUACUAAAUGUAUACGAACCGAAAUACGAAACUAAUGGAAGGUUUUGGCCAAUAGUACAUGGUUCCACAAUCUUCUCCUUGAUCCUGAUGCAUGUUAUUGCCAUUGGAAUAUUUGGGCUGAAGAAGCUGCCUUUAGCUGCUACUUUAACUGUGCCACUCCCCAUUCUCACACUUCUCUUCAAUGAGUACUGCCGCAGACGCUUCGUACCCCUAUUUCAAUAUUAUCCAACCGAGAGUAUUGUGAAGAAAGAUAAAGAAGACCAGAAUCGGCCGAACAUGGCUGAGUUCUACGAUAAAUUGGUUACCGCAUACCGUGAUCCGGCCUUGUUGCCAGUUCAAUAUGCCAGGAACAGCAGCAGCCUCAGUUCUCCCCUUCUGAAUUCACAAGUUUGAAGCUAAGUUCUUGUGUGCUAACGUGUAUUCUAAUGUAUCUUGCCGCGUCCAUCUCUACCCAUCAUUGUUGUUGUAUCUUGCAUUUGGAAAAUAAGGAAGCUAUUGUGGUGUGUUUUAUGUUCUGUAAAUUGUAGCAUCGUUGCAUCAGCUAGUUUCAGCUGUGUUCAUUUCACUCAUCCAUUUGGUAGGCAACGAAGUCGCAUUAACAAACCAUAGAAGGAAAAAAGGAAAGAAAACAUUCCUAUACAAUUGCCAGUGCAGUGAUUUUUUUUUUUUUUUUCUGAUGAUUACUGAUGAAUCACUUUGAUCUGGAGUCAGGGAACAGCUUUUGGGCCGAGAAGCCAGGAGACAUCUUCCCAAAGCCCAAAACUGGCUUCCUUAUCAAGCCCAAUGACACUCGAGCUACUAGCAGCCAAAGUCCAAUACCCAGCAUUAAUCUCCUCCUUCAACUGCUCCGCCUCCCAACAGCAAUACCCAUCGAAGAAUCUGAAAUUCCCGACGCCGACCAUAUUCCUCUUCACCAUCUCCGCCGCGCAGCCCGCCGUCUCCUUCGUCCCGUGGUAUAACCCUUUCAUCACCUCCUCGAAAACCCCGCUCCUUGCCAGCCUGUCCUUGUCGUACCCUCCUUUGGGCCUCACCAGAAACAGGCCAUCCUCCAAUGGGCCCCCGAAGAACAACGGCCGGCCCGAAAACACUUCAGGAAGCAUCGCUGAUGUCGUAGCCUCGCCCCGCAUCUCCUUGAUGGACAUUAGGGACGGGCGGUUGAGGAUGAUCCCCAAUGGGCCCGCUGGGCCCGUCGACAGGAGAAGGAUCACCGUCCGUUUGAGGAUGCGGAUCCCGUCCAGCUUCUCUGUUGCGAUGAGUAGGCAUCCCUUUUCCGGCUCGUGGAUGGUGUGGGCCCACUUCUCUCCCACCGUCACCAGCUUCGCCGGUGGAGGUUUAGGGUUCUCGUCUGGAUCUGCCGCCGGCGAGCUUUUCCCGGUGCUCGCGGUCAUAAAGGCUUGCUCAUUAGCAACCAUUUUUGCCCUGAACCAUCUCCAAUCCGCCUGCAGGAAGGAUUCGGCGUGCUGCUGCAGAUCGUCGGACGAUCCCGCCGAUUGACCAACAUGUAAUGGAGGAGGAAAGGCGAACCCUUUUGGGUUGAAAUAGUGAUCCAUUGGCGAAUCUUCUUGAACAGGGGAAGUGGAGGGAACUGGAUGAAGAAGACGAAGUGGGGAAUUCUAGUGCACUAGUUUUGGCGAAGGGGUUCCAGGAAGUACUGAGAAAAUAAUUGGCAUCCAUGAUUACCCAAGCUUUCGUUUUCAUUCAAUGGGUGGGUUCGAGGGAAGUAUUUAUAAUGGAGAGUGAGGAUGAAUGCUGAGUGUCAUUUUUUCCAGAAUAGUGUUCAGUGUUUUACCGUAUAUAAAUAAUAUACUUG